GCCUUGGACUCCAAGAGCCCGUCCAGCGGGGCAUUCGUGGGCGAGCUCCCGAGCGUGGACGUGUCGACGAGGAGGAUCAUGCUCAACAGCGGCGGCCUGUCAAACCAUUUGUUUUCGCAGGGGCGCUUUGGCAGCUGCGUCGAGCGCAUCGAGAUGAAGCUUCUCGAGCCACCGUGCCCGACCGCAGGACUUCUGGGCCAGAUGGUGGCGAGCAAGAGGUUCGAGUUUCUCUCGGCCCUCGUCAUCAUUGUCAACGCGGUGUACAUCGCGUACGUGUCCGACCUGGAAAUCGAGAAGGUUGGCAAAGGGGAGUUGAAUGUGAUCAGUGCUUGGUUCUGGCUGGAGAUCGUGUUCACGGCUUGGUAUGCUUUUGAGUGGGCACUGCGAGUCGUUGUCUACCGGUUGUCGUUCCUGUUGUGUAAGGAUUGGUCUUGGAAUGUGUUUGACACUGUCCUUGUCGCGCUGUCGCUGCAAGACAUUGUGCUGUCAGUGGGCAUGACGAACCCUGCGUUCCUUCGCGUCAUGCGACUCGCGCGCAUGCUGAAGCUGCUGCGGGUGAUACGUUUGCUGCGUAUGUUUCGCGAAUUGCGCCUCAUUCUGAACGCGAUUCUAAGCUGCGUCAAGUCGAUGUUUUGGGCCAUGUUGUUGAUCAUCAACGUGUCAUUCAUUUUUGGGCUGUGCUUCGUGCAGGCCACCGCCGACUACCUGCGCGAUCAGGGGGACGGGGUGGGCGAUAAUGAGAAGGGUGAGCUCUUGAAGUAUUGGGGCAGCUGCAGGACCUCGAUGUACUCCCUGUACGCGGCUGCUUUGGGCGGUGUCGAUUGGGACAUACAGGCAGAUACCCUGCGCCCAGUUGGCAACCUGUUCUUCCUGUUGUACCUGUUGUACGUCGGCUUCUUCUUCUGCGUUAUCACCAAUACGCUAACGAGCUUGUUCGUGGAGGCCACAAUGAUCAACGCCGAGAAGGAUCAGCAGCAGGUGAUCCAGGCGGAGCUGGAGCAGAAGGAGGUGUACAUCCAGCAGCUCCAGAGGUUGUUCCUCAAGUUUGGCGGGCAGGGAACGGGAGAGGUAACGCUGCAGGACUUCAUAGCGCACAUCGAAGAUCCAGAGAUGAUCUGGUUCGCGGCGAACCUCGGCAUCGACAUGGUUGAUUUGAAGCAGUUCUUCGCGGUUCUGUCCUCCGGUGGCCGCCAGCUCGUCGACCUCGAGCAUUUCGUCGUAGGGUGCAUCAGACUCAAGGGCUUGGCCAAGAGCAUGGACGUGAUGGACCUGAAGCUCACCCUGAGGCACGAGUCGGGGGACGUGCGGGAGUGCCUGAGACUGCUGGAGGGCAGGAUCGAAGCUCGGAGGAGGGCCAGCGGAGACGGCGGCGGCACUCCCGCCUGCUCCAAGCUCGCUCGGAAUGGGUGCCCGG